AUGAAAGAUGCUGAUGAUCAAAUAAUUAGUUGUCCGUUCAGCGACUAUGCUCAGGAGCCGUUGCUUUCGCUUGCUGGUGCAUGUGCACCGUUAACAUCCAUUGUUCCUGACAUACUUACGUACGUGUUAAUGGCUCUAGAUGGCACUGCGAAUAAUCCACCAGAUGGACUGACUCGUGAUGAGUCAGCUUCAAUUCGCCUCUAUACGAUAGAAUGGAGAGAGGCAGGCGAAAGUGCGUAUAGGCAUCUUAAUCACGCGCUCAAAAAAAAUGAUCGAGAGAAAUUACAACCGUGGUACAAAUAUCUCAAACUUCUUCUUACUGCCUUGAUUAAAAUUCCAUGUUCAAAAGUGCAAAUCGUAUGGCGUGGUGUGCGAUAUAAUAGUGUCGAUAAAUUUACAAAAGAAGCCCAAAUCACGUGGUGGUGCUUUUCGUCUACUACAGAAUCGUUAGCUGUAUUAGAAAGCGAUCUAUAUUUGGGUACAACUGGAGAGAGGACCUUACUAUCUAUCGAAGUAUUAAAUGGAAGAAAUAUACGAGCUCAUUCGCACUUUCCUGGCGAAGAUGAAAUUCUACUAUUGCCGGGAACACUCAUAGAAGUAAAAUCAUUAUUAAAUCCAGCACCUGAUCUGCAUAUUAUUCAUUUGAGACAAUUAGUGCCGGAAAAACCACUACUAGAAUUGCCAUUUGAAGAUGCACCCCUUUUCCCGAAAAUUCAAUCGUCAAGUAAAGGUUGGUAUUUCCAGAAAAGAUUUGUGAUUCCAAUUGAUUGUGCAGCAUCAAACGAGCGAAUUUUACCACAAACACUUGGCAUCAGAGAUGAAUCAGUGCUUUUAGGUACCCAUUUACUCAAUUAG